GUUUUAUUUAUAGUCCCAAAUACUUAAAUAAAUAUAUAUUAUAAAAUUAUAGCUGUUUUAUAAUUUGCUUAUAAGUUAUCAUUCUUAAAUAAGGACAAUAAGAUGGAAAAGCAAAAAAAAAGUGAUGAAAUUAAACAAAAUUUAAAAGCUAAAAGUCCUACAAUUAAAUCAUCUUUACAGGAUUGUAGUAUACAAGAUAUUUCUAAUCCUCAUGGCUCAAAUCCAAUAAAAAAGGAAAAUCAUGGCAUGGAAGUAUUAAAAGUAUCUACUCCAAUUAUUCACCAAUCAAAAGCAUUAAAAAAAUUGAAUUUAUUAAGUAAUUUACAAUCAACACCAAAUACUCGGAAUUUUAACAAACCAGAAAUGGAUUCAAGGUUAAUUAUGAACCUCAGUCCAAUUAUGUCUACAUCAACUUUAAAACAAAACUUAUAUAACCAUAAAGAUAUUUAUCAACAUAAAUUACAUGCAGACAUUGAUUUUUCAUUAAAUCCAUUGAAAUACCAGAAUUCAUCAAAUCUUUGUAAAAACCAUGAAUUAAACAAAUGGAAAAAAAAUAAAACUUUGAUUGAACAAACUCAUAAAAGUAAUAUUAAUGAUUCAACAAUUUUACCUGAAAUUACAAGACAAACAAACGAAGAUAAUAUUAAUGAAAAAGCUAAAAGGUGCUUAUUUGAAAAAGAUACAAAUAGUAUGUCUAAUUUGGAUACAGAUCAAGAUUCACUUAAUAUUUCUUUAGAUAUAUUAGAACAAGUGUGUCAAAUGUCAGAAAUUAUAGAUGAUAGUUUAACUGAGGAAGUAAAAAUAAGUGUUGAUACUGAUAAAAAGAAUAAAAAAUUAGCAUUUUUUCUUUAUGGCAAUAGCACAUCUAAACUUGAUGAUACGGAAGAAGAAAACAAAUUAUUACAAUUGGCAUUAAGUAUGGAAGAUAAUGUAUUAACUGAAUCUAGAUCGAAGAAUAAAUUAUGCUUUGAAGGAGAAUUUACCUCUCUAAAUCAAUUGAAAAAUAAAGAAACUAACUUAUCUAAAAAUGGAAGUGAACAAUCUAUAAGUAAUAAGUUUAACACAUAUAUAUGUGACUCCAAGUGUAACUUUUUAGAUACUGAAGAUAUGAAUGAUAUUGGAAAUACACAGAUGUGUGAAAUAGCUGAUAUAACAGAACCAUUAGAAUCAUUUGAUGACCAAUGGUCACAACAGUAUUCUAGUAAUGUAUCUUAUUUAAGCAAUAAUGUAAAAGAAAAUAAUUUUCAAAAAGAUGUUAAUCCAGUAAUAAGUACAUCAAUAGAUUUAAUUGAUCAUAAAGUAAAUAUGAAAAAAAACAAUUUAUUAGAUAAUACAAAUGAAAGGCUAAAAAUAUUUCCAUCAAUUGUUAGAGAUGAACUUAAUGAAUUUCCAAUUGUGACUAAGGACGAUACCACAAGAAAUGAUAAUAUAUAUAAAGGUUUUUCAACUGCUGGAGGUAAAUCUAUUAAAAUAUCAGAUACAGCCUUACAAAAAGUUCAAACCAUGUUAAAAGAUGAAUUAAAUGAAUCAUCAACAGUUAUUAAAGAUGUAGCCAAUACAAAAACUAAUGCCUGUAAAGGUUUCUCAACUGCUGGAGGUAAAUCUAUUAAAAUAUCAGACACAGCCUUACAAAAAGUUCAAACCAUGUUAAAAGAUGAAUUAAAUAAAUCAUCAACAGUUAUUAAAGAUGUAGCCAAUACAAAAACUAAUACCUGUAAAGGUUUCUCAACUGCUGGAGGUAAAUCUAUUAAAAUAUCAGACACAGCCUUACAAAAAGUUCAAACCAUGUUAAAAGAUGAAUUAAAUGAAUCAUCAACAGUUAUUAAAGAUGUAGCCAAUACAAAAACUAAUGCCUGUAAAGGUUUCUCAACUGCUGGAGGUAAAUCUAUUAAAAUAUCAGACACAGCCUUACAAAAAGUUCAAACCAUGUUAAAAGAUGAAUUAAAUGAAUCAUCAACAGUUAUUAAAGAUGUAGCCAAUACAAAAACUAAUACCUGUAAAGGUUUCUCAACUGCUGGAGGUAAAUCUAUUAAAAUAUCAGACACAGCCUUACAAAAAGUUCAAACCAUGUUAAAAGAUGAAUUAAAUGAAUCAUCAACAGUUAUUAAAGAUGUAGCCAAUACAAAAACUAAUGCCUGUAAAGGUUUCUCAACUGCUGGAGGUAAAUCUAUUAAAAUAUCAGACACAGCCUUACAAAAAGUUCAAACCAUGUUAAAAGAUGAAUUAAAUGAAUCAUCAACAGUUAUUAAAGAUGUAGCCAAUACAAAAACUAAUACCUGUAAAGGUUUCUCAACUGCUGGAGGUAAAUCUAUUAAAAUAUCAGACACAGCCUUACAAAAAGUUCAAACCAUGUUAAAAGAUGAAUUAAAUGAAUCUUUAUCUGUAACUCACAACAAUAUUGUUAUAAAUUCUAGUAUGUCUAAAGGUUUUUCUACUGCUGGUGGUAAAUAUAUUAAAGUAUCAGACGAGGCUUUAACAAAAGUUCAAACAAUAUUAAAAGAUGAAUGUUUAUUAUCAGUUACAAAGGAUAAUACUAAUACAAACUCUAACAUUUAUACACAAUUAUUGAAUGCUGAAGAUAAAUCUAUUAGAGAAUUAGACAAAUCAUUACAAAAACAUCAAGUAACAUAUAAAAAUGAUACACAAUUAUUUGAUACUUCACUAAAAACAAUGGCCAUUUCAAGUGAUUAUAAUAAUUCUAACAAAGUUUUAAAAUCAAAUACUAAAUCAAACUGUUGUGAAAAUUUUAAACACGAAGAAGAAAGUAUAUUUGAAGAUGAUUUGUCUUUAAUUAACACAGUUGAAAAGUUUGAAAGAGAUCAAAUUGUUAGUAAACCAAUACUGAGAAAUAAACGUCCAGGAAGUCCUAUAAAUAAAUAUGAAAUUGGUAAUAAGGUUAAAAAAAUCGUACAUAAUGAACAAUGGGAAAUCGAUGAGUUAAAUACUUCAUUUAGUGUUUACUUAUCAAAAAAAUUGAAUGGACCCAAAGUAUCAUUACCAGAAGUUGUUGAUUGGGUCUUACCAAAAAUAUUUACUACUAAAAAGUUUCCUGAAAAUGGUAUAGCAAAAGAACUAAUCAGAAUGAAUAUUGAUAAUGCUAUAAAUUUGAAGUUAUAUUGGGAAAAAAAUUAUAAAUUAUCUGAUGGCCAUAAGAAUAAAAUGUACAAUUUUCAAGAUAUAAAAUCCUUUUUUUUAUCGCAUAAUUUUGUUGAUGACAAACUCGUUCCUAAUGGAUGGAUUGAAAACCAUUUUCGUUUUAUAGUGUGGAAAUUAGCUGCUACUGAAAUUUGUUUUCCUGGUCAUUUUGGAAACAAGUUAUUAACUGCAAAAAACAUAAUACACCAACUAUUAUAUAGAUAUUAUAGAGAAAUAGAAAAAUGUCAAAGAUCUGCAUUAAAAAAGAUAUUAGAAAAAGAUGAGACUACAUCAAAAAGGAUAGUUUUAUGUGUUUCAAAAGUUAAUAAAACAAAUUUAGCUGAAACGUAUACUAUUGAGCUAACUGAUGGCUGGUAUAGUGUUCAAGGACUUAUUGAUCAUGAGAUGAAUAUGCUUUUACAUAAAGGCAUUGUAAAAGUUGGUACUAAACUUAUAAUAUACAAUGCAGAACUUAUUGGUGCUGGAGAAGGAAUUGAUCCAUUAGAUGUUCACAAUGAUGUAAAACUUAAGAUAUCAACAAACAGUACACGAAGAGUACGUUGGCAUGUCAAGUUAGGGUUUUAUAAAAAUUCUACAGCACCCAUACCUAUUACAUUGGAAUCAGUUCUACCACACGGUGGAAUAAUUGGAUCUCUUUCACUUGUAAUACUGAGAAAGUACCCAAAAAUGUUUCUUGAAAAAAAAACAAAUUCAAAAUCUAUUUUUAGGAACGAGAAAAUGGAAAUUAUUGAAGCAGAAAAAUAUAAAGCACACCAACAAAAGUCAUUAGAAAUAAUUUCAAAUAAGAUAAAAACUGAGUUAAUUGCUGAAAUAGCCUCUAAAACUAGUAUAUCAAGAAAAUACAUUACGAGUAUGAAAAAAGAAAAUUUAGAUAAAUUAAAUAUAGAUGAAUUGAACAAUAUUUUAGAAAAUUCCACUGAUCCUUUGGAAAUCCAAUCAUUGCUCAGUUAUGAAAAAUUGGAAGCUCUUAAAGAUUUUAAAAAAUCAGAGCAAGAAAGAUUCUAUAAUGAACUUCAAAAUAGGGUCAAUAGAGUAUUUAAUGAACAAUUUAAAGACGCUCGCAAAGUAAUACCUAUGAUUAAGUUACGUGUCGUUGAUAAAAAAUAUGUUUCUUCUGGCUUUAAAGCAGCUUUACUUACAAUUUGGAGUCCGUCAGAGGAUGUCACUGAUAUCUUAAACAAAUCUACUGAAGGUCAAUGUUGUACAUUCCACCAUAUUUCUACUAAUGGAUUUAUAAAUGGUGAACUACAAUUAUCAGCCAACAAAAAUACUCGUUUUGAUUUUCAAGGGUAUAAUAAUGAAUAUGCAAAACGUGAUGUUGUAAACUUUAAAAGUAUUUUGUCUGGUACAUUUUUACCACUAUUUGGUGAAUUAGAUUUUGUUGGUAUUGUAGUAUCAAAUGUUAAUAAAAACAAUGCUUAUAAUGAAAUCUAUGUAUCAGACAAAGAAAUGAAUAUAAUCAGUAUUUUGUUCCGAGGCAAUAUUAAGGAAUAUGGUUAUGAUGACAUGAUGUAUCCAGGCAGUAUAAUAUCGGGAGUUAAUAUUCAAUUUAAAGGAUUCAAUAAUUUAUCUUCUAUGCCUAAGUUAUAUAAUACAGAGCAAUCUUUAUUUACAACAAAUCCUAAGACUGAUUAUAUUUUAAAAAAAUUUGAUGAAUAUAAAAUGUUUAUGAAAAAGCCUGAAAAUCAAGAUUUUUUGGUAAGCUGCCAAACUAAACUUAAUGAAAUUUGUAAUGGACAUGGAGAAACAACAACAAUAAAUAAUUUAAAUAAAUCAAAAAAUGCAUUGCAUAGAUCUUAUGGUGAAUUACCUGUUACCGUUGUGAGAACUUCUAAUACAUCUCAAUCUGAAUUUUCUCCUGCUCAAAAAAGAAUAAAAAGGCUAAAUUCUUAUGGAAAAACACCACCAUUAAAUAUUGUUCACACUAAACCACCAGAUAAAAAACUGAUGGGUCAAUUUAAAACACCAACCCGAUUAUAAAUGUAUAUAUUUUAUAAGUUCAACUAUUAAUUUAAGUUAAAAUAGGUUGUUUGUAUGAUAAAUCUGUUGUUUAUUUUAUU